AUGGAGCAGGCCUGCAAGGAGGGGGCGGGCAGCGGGGGUCUCUGGGCCGCGUGCCCACCUGCCCCCAGCCCCUUCUGGACCGCCAUCUUUGACUACGAGGCCUCAGCGGAGGAGGAGCUGACCCUGCGCAGGGGGGACCUGGUGGAGGUCCUCUCCAAAGACUCCACCGUCUCCGGGGACGAGGGCUGGUGGGCCGGGAAAGUCCAGGAGAAGGUGGGGGUCUUCCCCAGCAACUACGUGGCCAGUGACGCCAAGUACAGCCGCCUGCAGGACUCGCUGGUCUGCCCGCCUCCGCUGGAGAUCUCCUUUGAGGAGCUGGAGCUGGAGGAGAUUGUGGGCGUGGGGGGCUUCGGGAAGGUCUACAAGGGGCUGUGGCGGAGGGAGGAGGUGGCCGUGAAGGCCAUCCGCCAGGACCCCGAGGAGGACAUGGCGGUGACGGCGGAGAACGUGCGCCAGGAGGCUCGCCUCUUCGCCAUGCUGAGGCACCCGAACAUCAUCGCCCUGAGGGCUGUCUGCCUCAGCCCCCCCAACCUGUGCCUGGUGAUGGAGUAUGCCCGGGGAGGGGCACUCAACCGCGCCCUGGUGGGCCGGAAGGUGCCCCCCCACGUGCUGGUCAACUGGGCCGUCCAGAUCGCCAGGGGCAUGAACUACCUGCACAACGAGGCUGUUGUCCCCAUCAUCCACCGGGACCUCAAGUCCAUCAACGGUAAGCCCUGUCGCUGGGAGAUGUUGCUUCAGCAGUGAAGGGGCUCAGAGGGGGAGGCUGUGCCUAGUCCUGGUUGCUCAGCCAGGCACUGAUCCCGGCAGGGGGCUUCCCUCCUCCUCUUGUGUAACCUCACUUGCUUACCAGUAACCCUGCAUGAUAGAGUCAUGGACUGGUAGAGCUGAGAGGGUCUCCUUGGGAUCACCUGGGACGUGGGUGGUGCUGUGGUUAAACCACAGAGCCUAGGACUUGCCGAUCAGAAGGUCGGCGGUUCGAAUCCCCGUGAUGGGGUGAGCUCCGGUUGCUUGGUCCCUGCUCCUGCCAACCUAGCAGUUCGAAAGCACGUCAAAGUGCAAGUAGAUAAAUAGGUACCAUUCCAGCGGGAAGGUGCUCUGGUUCGCCAGAAGCGGCUUAGUCCUGCUGGCCACAUGACCCAGAAGCUGUACGCCGGCUCCCACAGCCAAUAAAGCGAGAUGAGUGCCUCAAGCCCAGAGUUGGCCACAACUAGACCUAAUGGUCAGGGGUCCCUUUACCUUUACCUUUUUACCUCGGGAUCACCUAGUUUCGCCCCCCUGCAAUGCAGGAAUCACAGCUAUGGAAUCCCAUCCAAGCUCUGCUCAAAAACCUACAAGGAAGGAGAGCCCACCACUUUUGAGGUAGUUCGUAGCUCUCCCUAAUGUUUAGUUGGAAUCUCCUUUUCUGUAUCUUGAAUCCAUUGGUUCGGGUCGUCCUCUCUGGAGCAGGAGAAUCUGCUCCCUGAGUCGGUGUAGAUUUGGGGAAGGGUCCCGAGAGUCAUGUAAUCCAGCCCCCUGCAAUGCAGGAGCCACAGCUAAACUCACCAUCUCCUCUGCUCCUGGGGGUAACGAGAAGGGGCCCGAGACUGGCUGGCCAGGGUAACCUGGAUAGCUGGUUUGGUGACUGGGGUUGGGGGUGUCUGGACUGGACUGUUCCUCUGGGUCACUGGUGGUGAGGAGGCCUGUCCUGCUCUUCCAAGGAGACCCCUAACUUCCAGCUGAACCCUAAGACCAUGGGUGACCUGGCAGGGGAAGAGGACAAGAACUGGGGGUGAACCUUGCAGUGCCAACCCUGAAUACUGUCAUGUCCCUUGCAGGAUGUGGGUCCCGGUCUUUUGCUGGCUGGAAGAGUCUCUGCCAAUUGCCACCCCACCCUCUGUGAGUCCCCAGUCCCAGCAGAACUGGAGAUGCAUAGGGAGGGUGUGAUGGCAGACCUGUCUCCUGUGGACACCUUGGAGCCAGACCUCCCACCGCCCCCCACAACUGCUCCACUGGCUCCCUGGCCAGAUAUUGGCCAAGGAGAGCAGCGGAAGGGGAUUGUUCAAAGGUGGGCAGCUGCAGUGAGGACAUCUCCAUCCUUGGCCACUGUCCUCCUGGGCGGUGUUGGUGGCAGGGAAAGUGAGGCCUGCUCAGGAAGGGGGUGAGGAGAACUUCCUCCCUCUCCCCAAAUGCCAACAGCCAUCCAAAUGGAGCCACGAAGCCCACCGCAUGCUCAAAACAAUACCUGCCAAACCAAAUGAUGGAGCCAGCAAGCGGUGUCCUCUGCUCGAUGAUACCUCCCCAUUUCCUUCUUCCUGGUUCCUUCCUCAGUCCUAAUCCUGGAGCACAUCGAGAACGAUGACUUGGGCGGCCGGACCCUCAAGAUCACGGACUUUGGCCUGGCACGCGAGUGGCACAAAACCACCAAGAUGAGCGCUGCAGGGACUUACGCCUGGAUGGCCCCCGAAGUCAUCAAGCUCUCUCUCUUCUCCAAGAGCAGCGACGUGUGGAGGUAAUUGAGGGUCGCAGUGGAGGGGACGGGGAGGGAGGGAGGGAGGAAGGAAGGAAGGACCCAGCUCCCUUGCCCAGAGGGCAGCCAUCUUUCUUCUCUCCAAUCACUGAGAGCCAAACAGAAAUGCAAACGGAUCGGCUCUCCUUGUCACGCAGGAAGCUUCACCUGUUGAACUUCAGCCUGCUGCGCAACUGAUAAAGGACACAGGAGCACCCCCUGGGAAAAACAGAACCCCCAACCACCACCGCUUAGAGGGUGCAGACAGAGAGAUUAGCCGCUUGUGAGGGUGGGCCCUUUUUGACCCAGAAUUGUGGAGUUGGAAGGGACACCCAAAGGCCAUGUAGUCCAACCCCCGGAAUUGCAGACACCAUGCUUGUUUUUAUAACGGUUCCGGGGCAGGGAGAUGGAGUGCCUUCCCUCUGCGGCUGCUUGUGGGUCUGUGGCCUCCCCCCACGGACUCACUCCUUGCCUCUCUCUUCCCGUCUCCCCUUCCCAGCUUUGGGGUGCUGCUGUGGGAGCUGCUGACUGGCGAGGUCCCGUACCGGGAGAUUGACGCCCUGGCGGUGGCCUACGGGGUGGCCAUGAACAAGCUGACCCUGCCCAUCCCCUCCACCUGCCCUGAGCCCUUUGCCCGCCUGCUGGAGGGUGAGUGGGGGCUGCUGCUGCUGGGGGGCCGAGGGCAUGGCCCUCUUCAUGCUUGCUCAGUGCUUCGAGGGUGCGGGGGGCAGGCCAGGGGGGCAGGGGUCUUGUGGCACAGGUGUGUGGUCUCUCCCACAGCUAUAGGGCUGGGGAAGAGCCCCAGGGGCACAAGUGGGGAUUGCGGUGGGGCGCCUUCAGCCUUAUGCCCCCCACCAGUUGCAACCCAAGGCUCAGAAAGAGGUCAAGACCCCUUAUUUUGUUAUCAAAUAAAAGCGCCUCUCCCCCACCCCCUUGUAGGACACUCUUCUCCCCUUGCUUCCUCUGCCAGCCCCUCACCCCAAAGAUUCCCCAAAUAUCUAAACAUUUUGCUGGGCAAAGGACGAGAUGGCACCCCCAGCCCCAUUCCACUUGUGUCCCCUGGGGAGCUCUCCCUCGCCAGGGGGCCCAGCCGAGAGCUUCCUCAAUCUCCCCCCAGGCUCAGGGGAGAGGUGCUUUGGGGAGGCCGCCUGGGAGAACCCGGUCCAAAGGGAGAAGCAAGCUGCACAUGCUCAGAAGCACUCUCUUCCUGAUUUCAGGGCAUGCAGCCCAGGUCUCAGUGCUGAGCCUGCCAUGGCUUGGCCUGCACUGUGGCAAGAGAUUGAGGGGCUUAGUUGGCAUAAAAUUUGGGGUGGAGGGCAUCCAAUGAAAAUGAACGGUGGAAGACCCCAGGAGGCCGUGAGGGCCACCAGCUCAGUUAGCUUUAAUAGACUAUGAUGAUGAUUAUUAUUUAUUACAGUAUAUGCCACCCAUCUUGGACUCACAGCUGUCCAUUGAGAUGCAGGUUAAUUCUGUGUCCAGGGCAGCUGUCUACCAGCUCUAUCUGGUACGCAGGCUGAGACCCUACUUGACCGCAGACUGCCUCGCCAGCGUGGUGCAUGCUCUGGUUAUCUCCCGCUUGGACUACUGCAAUGCGCUCUACGUGGGGCUACCUUUGAAGGUGACCCAGAAACUGCAAUUAAUCCAGAAUGCGGCAGCUAGACUGGUGACUGGGAGUGGCCGCCGGGACCACAUAACACCAGUCCUGAGAGAUCUGCAUUGGCUCCCAGGACUUUCCGAGCACAAUUCAAAGUGUUGGUGCUGACCUUUAAAGCCCUAAACGGCCUCGGUCCAGUAUACCUGAAGGAGCGUCUCCACCCCCAUCGUUCAGCCCGGACACUGAGAUCCAGCGCUGAGGGCCUCCUGGCGGUUCCCUCACUGCGAGAAGUGAGUUACAAGGAACCAGACAGAGGGCCUUCUCGGCGGUGGCGCCUGCCCUGUGGAACGCCCUCCCAUCAGAUGUCAAGGAAAUAAGCAGCUAUCCUAUUUUUAAAAGAUAUCUGAAGGCAGCCCUGUUUUGGGAAGUUUUUAAUAUUUAAUGCUGUAUUGUUUUUAACACUUGAUUGGAAGCCGCCCAGAGUGGCUGGGGAGACUCAGCCAGAUGGGUGGGGUAUAAAUAAUAAAUUAUUAUUAUUAUUAUUAUUAUCUGACUGGGUUGUCCCAGUCACUCUGGGCGGCUCCCAACAAAAUAUUAAAACCCCAAUAGAACAGAUUCAUGGAGGAGAAGACUAUGCCCUGUCUCCACCAUCAGAGACAGGAAGUGCUUCCAAAUCCCAGUUCCUGAAACCACAGGAAGGGAGAGUCUUGCUCUUGCCCUUGAACCUUCUUGCUGGUUUCCCACAAGAGUUACCUGCCCGGUCAGUGCAAGAACAAGAUGCUGAGCGAGCCGUCGUCCGGACGCUGCAGGCUCCUCUUCUGUUCUUGUGGAACCUCCAGCCUCGGAGGCAGUCUAUCCAGAUUCCUUGGGACAUUUGGCCUCUGCGGGAACAGGAAGCUGGGCUGGUUGGGCCCCUGACAGGUUCCGCCAGGCUCUUCUUAAUGCUGGCUUUGUUUGGCCUUCUCCUCUGACCUUCUCUCCCCACAGAGUGCUGGAGCCCGGACCCCCAUGCCCGGCCGGACUUCGGCUCCAUCCUGCAGCAGCUGGUGGCCAUCGAGCAGUCGGCCAUGUUCCAGAUGCCCCUGGAGUCCUUCCACUCUCUGCAACAGGACUGGAAGGUGGAGAUUGCUGACAUGUUCUACGACCUGCGUGCCAAGGAAAAAGUGAGUCUGCUUCUUCUGGCUCUGCAUCUCUUGGGGCUCAGUCCCACUUGCCUUUCCUCUCUGCUGUAGAGCUCCAAGUCCAAGUUCCUUUUGUUGUUGUUUAGUCGUGUCCGACUCUUCGUGACCCCCUGGACCAGAGCACGCCAGGCACUCCUGUCUUCCACUGCCUCCCGCAGUUUGGUCAAACUCAUGCUGGUAGCUUCGAAAACACUGUCCAACCAUCUCAUCCUCCGUCAUCCCCUUUUUCUUGUGCCCUCCAUCUUUCCCAACAUCAGGGUCUUUUCCAGGGAGUCUUCUCUUCUCCUGAGGUGACCAAAGUAUUGGAGCCUCAGCUUCACGAUCUGUCCUUCCAGUGAGCACUCAGGGCUGAUUUCCUUGAGAAUGGAGAGGUUUGAUCUUCUUGCAGUCCAUGGGACUCUCAAGAGUCUCCUCCAGCACCAUAAUUCAAAAGCAUCCAUUCUUCGGCGAUCAGCUUUCUUUAUGGUCCAGCUCUCACUUCCAUACAUCGCUACUGGGAAAACCAUAGCUUUAACUAUACGGACCUUUGUUGCUUUGUUCCUUUUAAUUAUUCCUUUUCUGCCCCAGAGCUUUCUCUGCGGAAAUCCAGGGCAGAUCUACACUUGUGGUUUUUAACGCUAAGGAAGGGUUUUGAUAACGUAAAUGGACACCUGUUGUCCUCCUUUAAGGCGUUAUUAAAAUGUGGUGCUGCAGAGCAACCGGCAGUAGGAAGACAGAGUUUUGAUAAAAGGAACCAAGGUUAAAAAAGUGCUUUCCUUUCCAAGUAUGCCCUGUGACGCCUUGGAACGGCAGAUCUUAUACCGUUCUUAUAGCGUUAAACAGGUCGGUGUAGAUCCAGCCCCGCUCUUUACGGCUGAAUCGGAGCCAACGUCAGUAGGCAGAAAACCCCAGUUGCCGUUUGGAGUGCUUCUGUUUUAAAGAGCGAAGGAAAGGCUGCUCUGACGUGGAGCUUUAAAAUGCCUGGGAAGAGCGAGGCAGCAGUUAAGUGGGGACAAGCCCUCAGAGUUUGGAAACAGCAAGAAGGGGGUGGACUCUUGUGCUUAGAUCCUGCUUGUGGGUUUUAGGGCAGCUGGUUGGCCACUGUGAGAACAGGAUGCUGGCCUGAUCCAACAGCCUCUUCUUGUUUUCCAUGGAACCUCCAGAUCCACAGGCAGUCUAUCCUAAUUCCUAGCUUCUUAGAGGCAUUUGGCCACUGGGGAAACAGGAUGGUGGACUAGAUUUGGGGGGGGGGCAUGGGGUGGUUGGGUGUGGAGGACUCCCUGGUCCUGAAUGGGGUAACUGUGCCCCUGAAGGACUCAUUUUGGACUCAUAGCUGUCCACAGAGGUGCAGGUCAAUUCUGUGUCCAGGGCAGCUGUCUGCCAGCUCCAUCUGGUAUGCCGGCUGAGACCCUACCUGCCCGUGGACUGUCUUGCCAGAGUGGUUCAUACUCUGCUUAUCGCCUGCUUGGACUACUGCAAUGGGCUCUACGUGGGGCUACCUUUGAAGGGGACCCGGAAACUACAACUAAUCCAGAAUGUGGCCACCGGGACCACAUAACACCGGUCUUGAAAGACCUACAUUGGUUCCCAGUAUGUUUCUGGGCAAAAUUCAAAGUGUUGGUGCUGACCUUGAAAGCCCUAAAUGGCCUCAAAGACACAGUAUACCUGAAGGAGCAUCUCCACCUCCAUCGUUCAGCCCGGACACUGAGGUCCAGCACCGAGGGCCUUCUGACGGUUCCCUCCCUGCGAGAAGCCAAGUUACAGGGAACCAGGCAGAGGGCCUUCUUGGUAGUGGCGCCCACACUGUGGAAUGCCCUCCCUCCAGAUGUCAAAGAGAACAACAACUACCAGACUUUUAGAAGACAUCUGAAGGCAGCCCUGUUUAGGGAAGCCUUUAAUAUUUGAUGAAUUAUUGUAUUUUUAUAUUUUGCUGGAAGCCACCCAGAGUGGCUGGGGAAACCCAGCCAGAUGGGCGGGGUAUAAAUAAAAUUAUUAUUAUUAUUAUUAUUAUUAUUAUUAUUAUUAUUAUUAUGUCAUUGGGCUGAUCCAGCAGUCAGGCUGUUCUUAUGGAGCCUCCAGGUCCUGAGACAGUCUGUCUAGAUUCUUGGGUUCUUUGGGGCAUUUGACCAUUGUGAGAACAGGAGGCUGGACCAGAUGGCUGGACCCUUUGGCAGCUGACCCAGCCUGCUCUGCUUAUGUUCUUAAUAAUAAUAAUAAUAAUAAUAAUAAUAAUAAAUUUUAUUUAUACCCCGCCCUCCCCAGCCAAGACCGGGCUCAGGGCGGCUAACACUCGAUAUAAAAACAAAUUGAUUGAGACACAACUUAAAAACAAGAUUAAAAUACAACAUUAAAACAUUAAAAUUAAAAUACAGCCUCAUUUCAAUGGAAACUCAAAUCAAAAACUUUUUUGGGGAUGAAAACGUCAAGUCUUCACCAAGGCCAACUAUCCAGACUGGUCCUACAUGGGCCAGAAGAAAGCUGGGGAAGUCUUAGGCUGCCGCUCAAUGCUGGCAGACGUGUGCUUACUUUGCACAUGCUCAGAGGGACUCCUCUUGGUUCAGCCUGCCUUGCCCUCAUGAGUAGGUCCUGGGGCUGAGCCGUGGCGGGUGGGCGGCUGGUCCGUCGGGUGGUGUUGGGAUCCCAUCGCCCGCUGUCUCCUUUGCCCCAGGAGCUGCGUAGCCGGGAGGAGGAGCUUCUUCGGGCGGCUGAGGAGCAGAAGACUCAGGAAGCCGAGCUGCGCCGGCGGGAGCAGGAGCUGGCUGAGCGGGAGAUCGACAUCGUGGAGCGGGAGCUGAACCUCAUCAUGAUGCAGGUGGGCCAAGAGAAGCCCCGCGUCAAGAAGAGGAAGGGCCACUUCCGGUGCUCCCGCCUCAAGCUGCGAGACGGGAGCCGCAUCAGCCUCCCUUCAGGUACGGGCCGGCAGCCGCCGGGAGCAGAGCGCUGGCUUGGCCGGCCAAAGAGCCUGGAGGGUGGAGGGCGGGCCGCCGGUCCAAAAGGGUCGCUUGCAGCACCACAACUGUGGAACUCCCUGCCGAUUGAUAUUUAGGCAGGCUCCUUCUCUGGACUCAUUUCGGCUGCUGAAAUCAUUUUUGUUUAGACAAGCCCGGCCAGGUGUUUUAAGAAGCUGAAUCGAGUUCUAAUUUGCAUUGUGUCUAUUGCUAUUUUCACUUUCCAAGUGAAAGUGGGUGGUGGUUUGUUUUGUUUUUUGUUUUGUUUUGGUAAAGUGUUUAUUUAUUUCAUCUUAUAAUGUAUUUACAGGAAACAAUUAAAGUCGUUUUUCUUUUGACAAGCUUUUCCAACUAGGUGAAAGAGCCUCUGCCUUAGAUGUUCCUUUUGUAUUAUUUUUAAACCUGUCUUUUUCGUCCAGUUGCCGAAGCCGUUUUUAGCUGUUUUUAAUAGCGCAUUUGUAAAAUCACCUUAGGGACACGGGUGGCGCUGUGGGUUAAACCACAGAACCUAGGGCUUGCCGAUCAGAAGGUCGGAGGUUCGAAUCCCCACGGCGGGGUGAGCUCCCAUUGCUCAGUCCCAGCUCCUGCCAACCUAGCAAUUUGAGAGCACAUCAAAGUGCAAGUAGAUCAAUAGGUGCCGCUCCGGCGGGAAGGUAAACGGCGUUUCCGUGCGCUGCUCUGGUUUACCAGAAGCGGCUUAGUCAUGCUGGCCACAUGACCCGGAAGCUGUACGCUGGCUCCCUCGGCCAGUAAAGUGAAAUGAGCGCCGCAACCCCAGAGUCGGCCACGACUGGACCUAAUGGUCAGGGGUCCCUUUACCUUUAUAAUGUACUACCUGCACUUCCAGGAAACAACUAAAGUCAUUUUUCUUUUGACAAGCCUUUCCAACUGGGUGAAAGAGCCUCUGCCUUAGAUGUUCCUUUUGUAUUAUUUUUAAACCUGUCUUUUCCGUCCAGUUGCCUUAGCUGUUUUUAACAGCAUGUUUGUAAAAUCGCCUUGGGACUACUGUAAACGGCAAUUCAUAAAUUCAGCCCCAAAGAGAGCUCUGGCUGGCAAAAGGCAGUCUGGGGAGUCUCCAAAGCUCUCUUAAUCCUUGCCCAUCUCAUCCCUUGGUCUCCUAGAUCCGCAGGUUUGUAGAAUUAAGAACACCUGGUGAAAAGCAGGAGGGCCAUGAUCCGGCCUUGAGGGUGGGUGGAGGGGCAGGCCAGGGACUGACGCCUCCUCUGUCUCCUUCCUCCCCAUCUAGGCUUUGAGCACAAGAUCACGGUGCAGGCCUCUCCCACUCUCGACCGGCGGAAAGGCCUGGGGGCCAACGGCGCCAGUCCCCCCGCAAGCCCCAUCAGCAUCCCACGGCUGCGGGCCAUCCGCCGUGAGUGUCUGCGCACAGAAAUACAAAACUGUAGAGUCAGAAGGGGCCCCCAAGGGCCAUCUAGUCCAACCCCCUGCAAUGCAGGAAUCCCAAUUAGAUCAUCCAUGACAGGUGGACACACCCCCAGCCUCUGCUUAGAAACUGCCAAGAAAGAGAGUCCGCCACCUUCCAUCCCACGGCCGAACAGCUCUUACUGUCAGAAAGUUCUUCCUGGUGUUUAGUCGGAAUCUCCUUUCUUUGUAACCUGAAGCCAUGGGUUCGAGUCCUACCCUCCAGAGCAAACUUGCCCCACCUUCCAUGGGACAGCCGUUGAGAUAUUUGAAGAUGUCCAUCAUAUCUCCUCCUGGUCCCCUCUUUUCCUGGCUAAGCGUCUUGGGUGGCCAUCACCCCCCAAGGUUGGUUGGUUGGAGGCUGGUAUUUUUCGGAGGCCCAGCGACGCAUGUGUGCCCGCCCCCCCGCCAGUCUUGCAAGGGAUGCAUCUCUUGGCUCGCAGGCUGAGGCUUCUACUGCUCCCCCUUCCUGAAUAUUCUGAGCACCCAAGAUCCCACCGGGCAAAAGGGGAAUUCGGUGGCUCAGUUUCAUUUUUUUCUAUUUUUAAAAUAUGUUUUGUGGCCUUGCGGCUGCAGAUAUCUAUUUUUAUGAACUGCACCCAACCCUGUCAAGGGCAACUCACACCAUAAAAUCAUGGAAAACGUCACCCUAACGUUUAAUAAUAAUAAUAAUAAUAAUAAUAAUUUAUUAUUUAUACCCCACCCAUCUGGCUGGGUUUCCCCAGCCACUCCAGGCGGCUUCCAACAGAACACCAAAAUACAAUAACCUAUUAAACAUUAAAAGCAUCCCUAAACAGGGCUGCCUUCAGAUGUCUUCUAAAAGUCUGGUAGUUGUUGUUCUCUUUGACAUCUGGUGGGAGGGUGUUCCACAGGGUGGGUGCCACUACCAAGAAGGCCCUCUGCCUGGUUCACUGCAACUUGGCUUCUCGCAGUGAGGGAACCGCCAGAAGGCCCUUGGAGCUGGACCUCAGUGUCCGGGCAGAAUGAUAGGGGUGGAGACGCUCCUUCAAGUAUACUGGACCGAGGCUGUUUAGGGCUUUAAAGGUCAGCACCAACACUUUGAAUUGUGCUUGGAAACGUCCUGAGAGCCAAUGUAGGUCUUUCAGGACCGGUCUUAUGUGGUCUCGGCGGCUGCUCCCAGUCACCAGUCUAGCUGCCGCAUUCUGGAUUAGUUGUAGUUUCCGGGUCACCUUCAAAGGUAGCCCCACGUAGAGCGCAUUGCAGUAGGCCAAGCAAGAGAUAACGAGCGCCAUCGUAACAACCACAGGACUCACUAUGCUUUUGGCCCCAACAAAAAACCCAAAUUCAAGCGUUCAAGAUCCGCCGGGUAGUUUUAUCCCAGUUUCCUACGGGCUGCCCAGACAGGCCAGAUCUGAUAGGGUUUCCCUUGUAAGAGCAAUGGUGAGGUACGAUGGGCCAGUCUGUAAAAUUGGCCGCCUCUAACCUGGGACAAGGACAGUGGGGGGGGGGGCGCUGUUGAAACCAGAGGAAGGAGCGCCUGAUCUCCUCCCCUUCCUGCUCUCUCCCCCCUCCUCUCUGGUGUUGCAGUGACCCCCCUGGACGGGACCCGGACGUGGGGACGCAGCAGCUUGGUGAAGAAGGAGGAGCUGGUGGGGAGCAAGAAGAAAGGCAGGACGUGGGGGCCCAGCUCCACCCUCCAUAAGGAGAGGCUGGGAGGGGAGGAGAGGUAAGCAAAGCGGGGGGGGGGCAUGGCUGUGGCAAGGGAAGGGUUAAGGGGGGAGGGGGUUCCAGCCCCCUCAUAGGAUGAGUGAAAGAGGGCCUUGCAAGGGAGGAGGAAAGCGCAGGGUGGUAGUGUUGGAAGGGACCCCCUGCGGUCAUCUAGCCCAACCCCCCGCAAGGCAGGAAUCGCAGCUAAAGAAUCGCAGAAUUGUUGAGUCCCACAGGUUCGCGAAGGAGGUAGUGGGAAAAAGACAGGACGGAACCAAAAAAUUACACAAAACAAAUGAAAUGUCAUGAAAAUCCCUGAAACGAGAAGUAAUCGGAUAUAGAGUUAAGCUAAAUAACAAAAAUCAAAAAGUCAAGGGGGAAAAUUAACCUAGAAUGAAACAAAGACUUAACGAGAUGUCGGCUACAAAACUCAUUUCACUGAACUAAUCUGUUUCCUCAGAAGGAAAUAAAGAAAUUAUAAACCUUAAAAACUUGUCAUUGAGGUUUUCAUACCUUUUUUAUAAACGCAGUGAAGCGUUUCAGCCCUGCUCUUGAGUUUGGUUAAAAUCAUUUAAGGUUUAUAAUUUCUUUAUUUCCUUCUGAGGAAACGGAUUAGUUCAGUGAAACGAGUUUUGUAGCCAGCAUCUCGUUAAGUCUUUGUUUAAUUCUAGGUUAAUUUUUCCCCUUGACUUUUUGAUUUUUGUUAUUUAGUUUCACUCUAUAUCUGAUUGCCGUAUUUUUCGCUCCAUAAGACGCACCUGACCAUAAGACGCACCUAGUUUUUAGAGGAGGAAAACAAGAAAAAAAAUAUUCUGAACGAAACAGUGGAUGUAUGAUUUUUGUGGUUCAUGCUGUGGCCACAGACAUAGGAUUUGACGGUGAGUUUGGGGUAGCCCAAUGCAAAAAUCCUGAGAAUCCAUGUGGAUCCAUGCUUUGUAACCACGUUUUUGCACCAUUGUGGCCCCAUGAAACAAUGGAUGCGUGUUUUUUUGGUGCAGGCUAUAGCCAUGGACAUGCUAUGUGAUCUGAUGCUGAAUUUGGCAUGACCCAAUGCAAAAAUCCUGAGAAUCCAUGUGCUUUUACCUCCUCCCUCCCAGGCAGCCUCCUUUAUCUCUAGAGUCCCUUAUCUCCCUCCCGAUCCCUUGCUGAUCAGCUGAUCAGCGGAUUUGUUUCAACACCCCCUUCCCUCUUUCUAAAAAAUAAAGCAUGAUUUGCUUUUUGCCCCUUGGCAAUUCGGCUCCAGGGACAACGCAUUCGCUCCAUAAGACGUACAGACAUUUCCCCUUACUUUUUAGGAGGAAAAAAGUGUGUGUUAUGGAGCGAAAAAUACGGUACUUCUCAUUUCAGGGAUUUCACGGCAUUUCAUUUGUUUCCUGCGAAGGAGGAGACUUCUGGUAUUGGAAGUGGGGUGGGGGGGCCAACCAGGCAGCUGCCCACCUGAAGCGGCUGGAGGGUGGGGCAGAAGGCAGGGAGUUGACCCUUCCUCUCCAUCAUCAUCACCAUCUGCUGAUUCACAGGUUGAAGUCCCUGGCGGAGGGGAGCAAGCAGUGGUCGUCCAGUGCCCCCAACCUGGGCAAGUCCCCCAAGCACGCCCCUCUGGUGGUGGGUUUCGCCAGCCUCACAGAGAUGGGUAAGUAGGUCCUCCACUUCAGGGAAGAAGCAGAGGGGUUGGGGGCUGCCCUGGGGUCGGCCACCUUUCGCUGGAGGGGACAAGCCCUUGAGCAUCUUCCUUUGUGGGGGCCAGUCUGGUGGAAAGCAGCAGGAGGACAAAAUUGGGGAAGGGGCCUUGAUGUCUUCCCCCUCCUCUAACCUGACCUGCCUUUCUCCCUCUACAGAGGAAUACGCAGAGCAGGAAGGGGGCAGCAGCAGCCCCUGCUCCCCCUACCUGCCCCUCUCGCCGCCCCCCGGGGCCGAAGGUGCCACCAGCCUGCCACCGGAAGGUCCCAAGCGGCGGGCGCCCCCCUGCCACCGCCGCAGUGAACUGGUCCUGCUGGGCUGCGCCUCCAUCUUGGCCUCCAUCGCUCUGGGGGGAGACCUAGCUGAGCUGGCAGGGGACGGGGCAUCCGGGGGCGGCCUGUCAGGGCCCCCUAGCUCCACCACGCUCCUGUCCCUCUCCUCGCUCUCCGACUGCAACUCCACCAAGUCCCUGCUGCCCUCAGACAGCGAUGAGGCCCCCGCCUGCGGGCCCCCUGAGAGCCCCCCGCCCAGGGGCCCCCGCCACAACCCCCUGGUGGACGUCACGGUGGAGAGCUUCAAGAAGGACCCCCGCCAGUCGCUCACCCCCACCCACGUCAGCGCCACCAGGGCCGUCAGCCGCGGGCACCGCCGGACGCCCUCGGAUGGGGCCAUCCGUCAGGGGCCACCGGGGCCCGAAUGCCAGGGUGAGUGCUGGGGCGGACGGCUUGAUCGGAAUGGGGAGGGGGGCUUCUCUCCAGGGCCCUGGAUGUGCUGAGCACCAGUCAGUUUUCCUGGGGGAGUGAAUGGGUGCAGGCCAGAAGAAGACCUGAGGUGGAAGGGGCUCUGGAAUUGGUCCUGAGCCCCAGACAUGGCUAGGCUGGGGGUGGGGAGAGCCUGUUUCGCCUCCUUCUGUAAAAUUAGUAUUUUGUUUAUUGGGGGGGACCUGUACGGCCUAGGACCCUCGUACCUACAGGACCACCUCUCCUGGUAUGUCCCACGGAGGACCUUACAGUCUUAAAACAAAAACACCUUGGAGGUCCCGGGCCACAGGGAGGUUAGGCUGGCCUCAACCAGAGCCAGGGCUUUUUUGGCCGUGGCCCCGAUCUGGUGGAACGCUGUGUCACAAGAGACUGGGGCCCUAUGGGACUUGACAUCUUUCCGCAGGGCCUGCAAGACUGAGCUGUUCCACCAGGCCUUUGGCCAAGGCACAGUCUGACCCCCUCCUUUGGUAAUCCUCACAGAACUCUAACCCAAUGGUUGCCAUUAAUUUGAUUUUGAAUUGAUUUUAAAAUGAAUUGAUUUUAGAAUGCUGCGUUACUUUUAUUGUUCUCACCCGCUCUGAGCCCAGCUUCAGCUGGGGAGGGUAGGAUAUAAAUAAAUUAUUAUUAUUAUUAUUAUUAUUAUUAUUAUUAUUAUUAUGAAGUUAUAAUAGAAAUACAGACUUGGGAGGGAAUUCAAAAACACCUGACCUCUUGUUUAAAAAUAUCAGGGAAGGUGCAGUAUGGUCAAAGGCUAGCCACUUAGGGUGGGAAAAGAUAAAUAUCUGCAGCAAAAGUUUCCCCAACAUUUUGUAUAUUUCUUGGGGGGGCGGGGGGGCAGAAUCCCCCAGAAAGCAAGACACACGCAGCUCCCUCUCCUGCCCGCCAUGAUGAUUCUCCUUUCCCCUCCCCAGGCUCGCAAGAAGCGCCGCCCUUCCCUCGCCUGCCCGACCCCCCCUCGCUCGUCCCAGCCCACCGCAAGGCCACAGAGCACCCCAACGCCUCCCUGUCGCCGGUGGAGCGCCCCCGGACCCUGGCCUUUGCCCCCCGGCCUCGCCCGGCAGCAGGGCGCCACCGCAUCGACCCCUGGAAGCUGGUCUCCUUUGUCCGGACGCAGGGGGGGCCCUCCUCUUCCUCGCCGGGUGAGCCCGCCAAGGGGGCCCGGCAGACCCUUCUCGACAUGGACAUGGAGGGGCAGACCCGGGACAGCACCGUCCCCCUAUGUGGGGGUCAGGCCCCCUGCUGCGGCGGGCUGGAGGGAGACAUCUCACACUGA